AUGGAAGGAAAACUUCUAUCUACUCCAGGCAAGGAAGUGCUUAUUAAGGUUGUGGCUCAAGCAAUACCAACGUAUAUGAUGAGUAUCUUUAAGCUCCCUGAUGGCCUUAUAGAAGUGAUUCAUGCAAUGCUAGCUCGAUUUUGGUGGGGGUCCACGGAUACUGCUAAUAAGCUACAUUGGCAACGGUGGGAGCUUCUAUGCUGGCCUAAAGCUGAAGGUGGAAUGGGGUUCCGGGAUGUGAAAGUUUUUUAUCAAGCCCUCCUUGCUAAGCAGACUUGGCGCUUGCAUCAUAACCCGGGUACGUUUAUUCACUCUGUAUUGAAGGCAAAAUAUUUCAAGAAUUGUGAUGUGCUUGCGGCUAGUAGGGGUUACAAUCCGAGCUACGUUUGGAGGAGUAUGUGGGGUGCUAGAGAAUUGCUUCUGGAGGGUCUCAAAUGGAGAGUGGAAAUGGUAGUGAGAUAA